AUGGAGGGGGAGCGGGCGGAUAGCCCCGCCGCCCCGGCGGAGAGCGGCACGUCGGAGGUGUUCGCCCAGCUGUGGGCGGACGUGAUGGGCAUCCUGGACGGGUCACUGGGAAAUAUUGAUGAUCUGGCACAGCAGUAUGCAGACUACUAUAACACCUGCUUCACAGAUGUGUGUGAGAGGAUGGAAGAGCUGCGCAAGCGAAGGGUUUCCCAAGACCUUGAUUUGGAGAAACCUGAUACCAGCCCCACAUCUCUACAGCUGCGAUCCCAGAUUGAGGAGUCACUUGGUCUCAGCAGCACCGCAUCAACACCUGACACUGAAAGAAAACUGUCCAUUCAUAAAUCAAGUUCAGAAGAAGGCUCUGUAGGGAAAGCAGACUGGAAAAAGAAAAAUAAGUUUUUUUGGCAGAAUUUCCGAAAGAACCAGAAAGGACUAAUGAGGCAGACUUCAAAAGGAGAGGAUGUUGGUUAUGUGGCCAGUGAGAUCACAAUGAGUGAUGAAGAACGGAUCCAGCUGAUGAUGAUGGUGAAAGAAAAGAUGAUCACCAUUGAGGAAGCACUUGCUAGGUUGAAAGAAUAUGAAGCCCAGCACAGGCAAUUGAGCACUACAGAUGCUACAGAAUGGCCUGAUGGUUCUUACUCAACACUUGAUGGGUCUUCCAAUUGUAAUUCAAGAGAACAAUCCGAUGAUGAAACAGAGGAGUCGGUGAAGUUUAAGAGGUUGCACAAGCUGGUGAAUUCUACUCGCAGAGUCAGGAAGAAACUCAUAAGGGUUGAAGAAAUGAAAAAACCCAGCACAGAAGGUGUGGAAGAGCACUCACUUGACAACUCUCCUAUACUGGAUGACAGAUCAGCACUUUACUCUGGAGUUCACAAGAAGCAAUUCUACUUUGACAGCUCCUGCGAAAAGCAGCCAGAGGAUGACUCGGACUCACUUACUACUUCUCCCUCAUCCAGCAGUCUUGAUACGUGGGGAGCUAACCGGAAACUGGUGAAGACCUUCAGCAGAACUGAUAGCCGUGGCCUUAUCAAGCCUCCCAAGAAACUUGGGACAUUUUUCUCUUACCCAGAAGAGGAGAAGUCGCAGAAAGUUUGCCGCUCCUUGACAGAUGGGGAAAUGAAGAAGAGCCUCGGCUCACUGAGCCAUGGGAGAACCUGUAGCUUUGGAGGGUUUGAUUUGACAAAUCGUUCCCUUCAUACUGGAAACAGUUCUGACCAAAUGGGCAAAGAAGGAGACUUUGUUUAUAAAGAAGUUAUCAAAUCACCCUCUGCCUCCCGUAUAUCUCUGGGUAAAAAGGUGAAGUCUGUAAAAGAAACCAUGAAGAAAAGGAUGUCAAAAAAAUACAGCAGCUCUUUGUCUGAGCAGGAGUCCAGCCCUGGGAUCGUGCCUGGUUCCCCACAGUCGCCACCACCAGACACUGACUCCCUGGACAAACCCAAGCUGAAAGCUGGUGGCUCAGUGGAGAGCCUGAGGAGUUCCUUAAGCGGUCAGAGCUCAAUGAGUGGUCAGACAGUGAGUACAACAGAUUCCUCAACCAGCAACAGGGAGAGUGUGAAAUCAGAAGAUGGUGACGAUGAAGAGCCUCCUUACAGAGGACCUUUCUGUGGAAGAGCCAGAGUUCACACUGAUUUUACUCCAAGUCCUUAUGAUACAGAUUCUCUGAAGCUCAAGAAAGGUGACAUCAUUGAUAUAAUCAGCAAACCCCCCAUGGGCACUUGGAUGGGUCUGCUGAACAACAAAGUUGGCACCUUCAAAUUUAUCUAUGUGGAUGUGUUAAAUGAAGAGGAAGAGAAGCCAAAGCGGCCCACCAGGAGACGUCGAAAAAGUAGACCACCCCAGCCCAAGUCAGUUGAGGAUCUCUUGGAUCGCAUCAAUUUGAAGGAGCACAUGCCCACUUUUCUGUUCAAUGGUUAUGAAGAUCUGGAUACCUUUAAGCUUUUAGAAGAAGAAGAUUUGGAUGAACUGAAUAUCCGAGAUCCUGAGCACAGAGCUGUUCUCCUCACAGCAGUGGAACUUCUUCAGGAAUAUGAUAGUAACAGCGACCAGUCAGGAUCUCAGGAGAAACUUCUCAUUGAAGGCCAAGGCCUAAGCGGAUGCUCUCCUCGGGAUUCUGGCUGCUACGAAAGCAGUGAAAACCUGGAGAAUGGUAAAACUCGAAGGACCUGUCUUCUGCCCUCAAAAUCGGCAAUUGAGCAUAGCUUUAGGGAUUUCAGCAGAAAUCAGUUAUCAAAUUAUCCCACACUUCCACUGACCAAUUCAAUAGAAACUCUGCAGCCAGGGGAAAAAGAAAGCCGGCUGGGUUGUGGACAUCAUGCUCUGAAGAGCUCUGUCAAGCCUCCGGCCAUCAUGGCUCUGAAGAAGAACCGCAGAAGUUUACCGGUUGCUGUGUGUCGAAGCUACGAAACUCUGGAUGGCCCCCAGGGUGUAGAUACAUGGCCAAGAUCUCACUCACUGGAUGAUCUCCAGGGAGAGCCCAAUACUAACUUACAAGGCACUAACAAGAAAGUAGGUUCCUUUCCUCAGGAUUCACUGGAUAUAGCUAAAAAGGCAAAUGGCUCUGCCUUACCGCCUCAGUCUCAUGGAGGCAGCUGUAAGGUAGAUGAUGUCAUAGCUAAGCAGGGCAAAGGAGCUGCUAAUUCUCAAAAGGGAAGAGCUAAGGAAUUGAACUGCUCUGUAAUGGAGACUGCAGGUGGAAAGCCUGCUCCGUUCCCCCUGCAAAACUGUGAAGCUCAGCCUGCCUUGCAUCAUGCAACAAGGACACCUCUGGAAAUACAGAGUAAAGGUUUUCAUGACCUUGAACGGGCUGAUUAUGCUCCAGUCCUCAAGGGAGGUCUAGAAGCUGAGCAAAAAAGCACAAAUGAGGCAAGAAUGCAACCAAAAAAUCCUUCUCAGCCACCACCUGUCCCUGCCAAAAAAUGCCGAGAACGCCUUUCUAAUGGAUUAUAUCAUCCUCCCACGACCACAAGUGGAAACCACUCAAGUUUAGAAGCACCAUGUUUGCCAGUAAAAAAGACCAGUUCAUCCAUUUCCAUUGAUUGUCAUGGAGUACCUGUCUGUAGGACAUCUUCUGAACUGGAGCCCAGUAGCCCUCCUAGCCCGCUGCCACCCUGGCUGUCGGAGCUCCCAGAGACUGCUAGUGUUCAGCAGCAUGUGGUAAAGCUUGGUCCUGCAUCAGCAAGAAAAGUCUCUUGCAGCAGAGGAAUGGAUCUGGAAAUGGUGAUAGAAAACAAGCUGCAAUCUGAAGACAUUGAUCUUACUGAAGAACCGUACUCAGACAAGCAUGGUCGCUGUGGCAUUCCUGAGGCUUUGGUACAGAGGUACUCUGAAGACUUAGAGCAGCCUGAAAAGGAUGUGGCUACAAACAUGGACCAAAUCCGGGUAAAGCAGCUGAGGAAGCAGCAUCGCAUGGCAAUUCCAAGUGGAGGACUCACAGAAAUUUGCCGUAAACCUGUAUCCCCAGGACUCAUCACCUCUGUAUCUGACUGGCUGAUUUCCAUUGGUCUGCCUAUGUAUUCCAGCCUGCUCACAGAAGCAGGAUUCAACACACUGAGCAAAGUGCCUUCUCUGUCACAAACUUUCCUUCAAAAAGCUGGCAUCACAGAGGAAAGGCACAUAAGCAAGCUCCUGGCAGCAGCAAGACUCUUCAAACCUCUUGAUCCAGAGGCAAUUUAAAAUGCUCCAUAGUGUGACAUUGCCUGGUCGAGAAUCCACUGCUUCUUCCUGCACCAGUAUCACUCUAAUUACUUCAUGUAGCUAAAGGGAUCAAGGAAGUGGCUCCCCAGGACAGGCAGAUAUCUUCUUCAAAGGAUAUGAAAGUCUUUGGCCACUGAAGAAGAGAGGCAACCACCAGGUAACAGAGAUGUGGUACUCCCCUCCCCCCUCACUCACAUCUAAAGUAUUCCUAUUUCAUAAACUGCACAGGCUUGGCCUGAGAAUCAAUCAGCUUCACAGAAUUAAGGGACCCUUGCACAUUUUCCACGAGUUUAUGAUAGUGAUACUAGUAACAGGUCUUUUGUACAUCUAGGUUCCAGAUACCUGAAAUCAGUCCUAAAGACCAGGUACAAAUCAAGGUGCAAAUUCCUUAGAAGCUGUUUGGCAAAUGUCUUUUGUUUAUUUCAGCAGUCUAGAGCUAAACACAGAGCCCUCCCCAGUCAUCUUUGCUGUUGCUUGGUGUAGGUGCCAGUUGCCACAAAGCCUUUAGCUAGGCUGAAGCUGAUGGACUGAAAUUAGUUUUCAGUGUGGUCCAUCUCUGUCACUUCAAUGCAACUAACCCACAGAGAGUCAGAAAGCUUCUUUUUAUUUGUACAGAGCUGAGGUAAUUUUUAUAACUGCUUUCUAGCAAUCAGCUUUUUAUUUGCCUUAAAAUAAGCUUUUAAGCAGUUACCUAGUGUUCACUUUACCUGUUUUCACAUUUCCCAAGCCUUGUUUCAACCUGUCACACUUUAGUUGUAUUUAGGGUGAUUUCCAGCUGAAGUAGCUUCUAUAAAAUGCCUCAUCAUAACAUCUCCUGUGUUGCAGAGGUGCUUUUACAAAUGCAGGGUUAUGCUAGGUUUCGGUUGUCAGGUUAACUCCUUGUUCACUACAGUUUGCAUUUACUGUUGUUACUAAACUUUCCAAGAUAUACUGCCUUGUAUAUAUGUAACUGCUUUUAAUUUUAAUCAUAUUCUGUGUACUGUGUUAUAUUGUCAAUCAUUAUGCUGCAGCUUUGACUUGGUAUCCUGACCAUAUUGAUUCCAAACAGUGGGUUUCUGCAAAUGAAAAUUAACUUGCAUUGAAAAAGCAAAUUGUGUCCCAUAAAAAAUAUUAGACCCAGUAAUUCCAUUGCCAAGAAAAUUCCCAGAUAGUCUUAUGAAUAACACUGUGAUUUUUAGAACAGUUGAUAUCCCUCACCACUGCAUUAAUAUUACCUCUCACUGGAAAAGACCAUUGUUCUGGCAAAUGUGAUGAACCAUUUUUCAUGAUGCAAUGAUAUUUUUUUGCCUAACUCCAUGUGAAACGUUCCAGUUGCAUAUGUGACUAAUGACAGAUUUUAUUUUUCUAUAUUGGGUACAUGUUUUAUAUACCAAAUACAAAUUAUCAUGAAUAGCACAUAACCAGCUUUUUCUUUGGAGUCUAAAUGUGGUGUGUCCUUCAGCUUCUUGUAGGGCAAAUGCUGUGUGGAAGACAGAGCAAGCUUAGUCUGGCUGGUAAAGGGAGAUAGAAUAGAAAUCUGGGCACAGGCCGGGUGUUUCCAAUAUCAGUUCUGACAUCAAUUUACUGUAUAAAACCAGACAAGGCACUGUUUGGUGCCCGAAUUAUCCCCAUCUCAUAAUGAGCUAAUGACUUCUGAUAAAAUGCUGUCAGGUUGAUGAAUGAAAGAUUGUGGUUACUCCAUGAUUCCUUACUAUAUCUGGCCCUUUCAUGGUCAUGUUUUAAGUGGAUGAAUAUGCAUUUUACUACAGAUGAUAACUAAUUUGCCUUCUGGUAGAAUUGAUAGCUGUUAGGUUUACCUCCCACAUUUCAUAUUUCACCAGUGUCUCCCGCACACCAUCAUAUGAAGGCAGCUAAGUCACUGAUGCAACUUGAAAAUGUUCUCAAGCAAAGCUCUUUAAUAUUCUUUUUGCUAUCUGAUAAGCAGCAUGUUCUGAUAUGACAGAAUGAAGAGAGAUACAGCAGACAUGUUGUGUACAGUUGGUGAAAAUCUGUGCAGCCUCACCUCAAGUCCUGUGUGCAGUUUUGGGCACCAGAAUAUAAAAAUUACAUUAAGCUAUUGGGGAGCAUCCAAAGGAGGGCCAGGAGGAUGGUGUUGGGUCUGGAGGGGAAGCUUUGUAAGGAGCAGCUGAGUCUGUUCAGCCUGGAGGAAACUGAGGGGAGACCUCAUUGCACAUCCUCACAAGAGGAAGCAUGGGGGUACUGAUCUCUUCACUCUGGUGACCAGGGACAGGAUCCAAGGGAACAGCCGAAAGCUGAGUCAGGGGAAGUUUAGGUUGGAUAUCAGGAAAAGGUUCCAUCACCCAGAGGGUGGUUGGGCAUUGAAACAGGUUCCCCAGGGAAGUAGUCACUGCUCCAAGCCUGUCUGAGUUCAAGAGAUGUUUGGACAACACUCUCAGGUACACAGUGUGACUCUUGGGGAUGGUGCUGUGCAGGACCGGGAGUUGAACUCGAUGGGUCCCUUUUUGUAGCUCAGCAUAUUCUAUGAUUCAAAAAAAAAAAAAAAAAAAAAAAAAAAAAAAAAAAAAAGAAAAAAAAUUUAAUUAAGUGUUUUUUUAAUAAUUAUUAUUUUUCUCUUGUUCCUCUCUGAGGCUUACAUGGUGACUAUCAGUAAGCAGGAGAUGGAAAGAGUAUUGAGACUUCCUGGGAUUACUAACAGGGACCAGAACAGAGUAGAAGUAAGUGGACAACAGUUAUAUUGGAGCGAGGGAAAAAUCCAAGCUGACUAUAGCAAUAAAAAAGGAAACAAAUUUCCUUGUGUUGCAGAGAAGAUAAGUCAUAUGAUAAAGCUCUCCCAUAUUAAUCACUCCCCCCUCUCUUAAUAACAGAAGGAGAAUUAUGGGAAAAAGCUGAACCUGUUUGCCAAACUCUCUUUGUAAAGCCAUUCUUUUUAAAUGAUUAUAUGACCCGGGAAUACCAAAUCACACCCAUCAGGACUGGAGUGAGCAGUUUGAGAUUUUUAUGAGUUUUAAUAUUUGUUUUGUUUUCUUUUAUAAACUGUGCUUUGUAAUCUUACUUGAAUUACAAUUUUACUUUAUAUUCUAAUCAAAAAAAAGCCUUAAGCUUCUCAGUGUUUGAGCUUCCCUGCUGUGGUUUCAGUGACCUGUGGCAUUCCCCAGGCAGGUGAGGUGGCGCAUUGCAAGAGCCAUAACCUCUUGCAUCUUCUUGCAACCUUCAGUGCUCCAAGCAAAAGUUUACUCAUUAACUCUUGGAAAACACAGAAGAAACCUGCUGCAGGAAUCCUCAUCUGCUCUGCUCAGGCUCACCUUGUUAAGUAUCUAUCCACUGUAUCUUAGUAACUCAAACAGCUAUUUAACAAUAGAAGCAGCAAGCCCGAAAUAUUACCAAAUAUUACCAUCAUAAUAAUAGGCUUUGAUCAAUAACCUGCUAUUGCUACCCAGGUGGCAAUUCCCUGUGCUCUUCUAUGAGCCUGGCUGUGGAUGCAGACUGGGAGCAUGAUCAGAAGCAUUAAACAUUGCAUUAUUCAAACAGGCCAUCAUGUCUAAGAGCAGCAAUAGUGGUCAAUUCACCAAGUCACAGCUGUGCAGUUGUACUGUAUUAUUUUUAGAAUAAAUAAUACUUUCAGUCCAAGAUACUUCUAGCAUUAAUUGACACCCUUUGGGGAAUCAAAACUGUCAAGCAAGUUAUGUAACAACUAACAAAGUUGCACUUUCUGUAUAUGAAAUCAAUAUUUAAAUAACUUAUUUUUCUCCAUUUGCUGUUCUUAAAGGAUGUAAGUAGCUGUAAUAUACCAGUACUCAAUAUGUCCUGCAGUUUGCUUCAACCCAAGAAAGCUGUGUAUUGUAAAGAAAAAAAAAAAAAAACAAAACAAAAAAAAACAACAAAAUAUGAAUGUGUAAAGAUUAUUGUGCUGUUUCAUUUAGCAAAAAAAAUGGUUGACAAAAGGGUUUUCCUGUGUAUCAAAACUUGUCUAUAAUUAUGUCAUAUUGUUCAUAGAUAAAAAGAAAAUAAAUUCCAAUGGUCUCUCUCUUUU